AUGGUCGCCCCACUAUACACCACGGACUCAGGUCUUCUCUUCCAUGCAGGCAAGAUCCUGGUGUGCACCGUCGGUCUCCCUGCCCGAGGGAAGACGCACAUUUCUCGCGCUCUUGAACGGUAUCUGCGAUGGACCGGCGUGAAGACAGCCGUCAUUUCCCUUGGAGACCACCGGAGAAAGGUUCUCGGUGGAGCGCAGCAGCUUCCACAAGACUACUUUACGAUGGGAGCGAAGGGCCCGGAGACGUUGCAGUUGCGCCAGAAGGUCAUGGAGAGCUGCGAGCAACUCAUCUGGGACUUUUUCAACUCGGGAGGGCAGGUCGUGAUAUAUGAUGCAAACAACGGCACGCGUGAACGUCGCCAGUUGCUCGGAGAGAAGGCUGAAAAGAACGGCGUCCAUAUCAUCAUGCUCGAGUCGUCAUGCGACGACGAGGCCCUCAUCUUAUCGAACAUUCGCAGCGUCAAAAUCUCAUCCCCCGACGCGAUGUAUCGGAACUGGGACCCAGAGAAAGCCGUCGCGGACUACUACAGCCGUAUCAAAGAUCACGAGCGCCACUACGAACCCGUCGAGGAGACUACAUGGCCGUUCAUCCGCAUCAAGAACGUUGGCGAAAACAUCAUGGUGAACAAUGUGUUCGGCUAUCUGCAAUCUCGAGUCGUCUUCUUUCUUAUGAACAUUCAUAAUCGGUUCCGUACCAUCUACUUUGCACGAUCUGGCCAGUCUCUCAUUGAACACUCGUAUAAAGCGGACUCCGACCUGUCACCGGCUGGGUGGGAGUACGCCGAGAGGCUCAAGGAGUUCGUGCUCGAGAGGCGCAUGAAAUCUCUUCAAGAGCGGGGACUCGACCCCGCCGAAAGGCGUCUUGUAAUCUGGACGUCCGCCCGUCGCCGCUCUCACCACACCGCGUGGCCGUUCCUCACGCACAACGCGAACGACCCCCUGCCGCCGACGCGCGUCAAGGUCAUCGAGCGGCCGCAGAUGUCAGAGAUCAACCCCGGCGUGUGGGACGGGCUCACGCCGGACCAGGUGCGCAAGUACUACCCCGACGAGUGGGAGCGGUUCUCGCACGACCCGUACGCCUACCGCGCGCCCCGCGCGGAGAGCUACCACGACCUCUGCGUCCGCCUGGAGCCAACGCUGAUCGAGCUCGAGCGCGAGCGCGAGGACCUGCUCAUCAUCGGCCACGCCUCCGUCAUCCGCUGCAUCCUCGCCUACCUCAUCGGCCUCCCCGCGUCCGAGAUCCCGGCGAUCGAGGUCGCCCGCGGGGACCUGCUCGAGGUCGUCCCCGCCUCGUACGGCGUCUGGUCCCAGGCGCACCACUUCUGGGACGGCCCCGGGCGGAGCUCGCAGGGCGGUGCCGCAGGCGGCCAUGGCAAGGACGAGCACAACUUCUACGAGAACUACGCGGAGGACACCAAGGGCAAGCGCCGCCCGAGCGAGACCUCAGUCACGGCCGGGGGCGUGCCGAGGAUGUCGGGCAUGACGCCGUCGACGCCGGCGACGGGGAGGGGCACGCCGCUGCCGCAGAUUGUAGGAAGAAAGGAAACGGAGGAAUAUCAAGAGAAGUAG